AUAGACAUGAUUCAACGGUCAGGAGUUAUAUAUACCCUGCUAUUGAUGACAACAGCUGGAGUUGUUGGCCCCCUUAAGUGCCCCAGUUCAGCUAGUGAUUGGGACAGGGCGUCACGUGGUCUUCAGUGUCAGCCCCCUAACUUCUACCAUUGUCUGAGAGAUGAGUCCGGAGUUAACACGGAGCAGUGUCUACCUCGCGUCUGGAUACAGCCGCAAAUGUGUCCAGAAUUCAACUCUCGAGUGUCCCGAGUUGACGUGUACCAGUGUACCGUUAAUAACUGUCCCACCUCUCUCUAUUGGUCCAACGCUGUAUUCAUGUACCCUAUUUGUUUUGAAAAUGGAUCAUUGACUUCACCUUCAAAGCCAGGGUCAACCAUAACUACAACAGUAAUGGAAAAAACUUCCCUCUUUGAACACCAUUUCAGGUCAACAAAAGCUUCCAUGGUAUUGGAAAAGACUCCCACAUUUGAUAAAUCCAAAGAUUCAGGAGAUGAGUCCUCUACUGAUGAAUCUCUCCCUGUGAGCACCAUUGUAGGGAGCAUUAUAGGUGUUGUAGUGGUAUGUGUUGUUGGAGUCCUCAUUAUCCUGGCGUAUUUAAAAAGAAGAUGCAGAAAGGGAAACAAUGAUGCAGUAAAAAAUGAAAAUGAAAUCAAUGAAGUCAGUGAACUUUUGGGUAAUGGAAGAUCCUCAAAACUCAAGAAGGAAUCCGUAAAAGAUGGAUGCCAAGGUAAUGAAAGUUCCUCAAAACCCAAUGAAUCCAGAAAAGAUGGAUGUCAAGUGUAUGUAGUUGAAAGUCAGAAACCAAACGAGCAGACAAGUGUUCCAGAAGAUAAAAAUUCCAUACUUGUUCUGGUGUUAGUGUUAAAUAAUCCAAUCAACAACAAGGAGAUGAACAGAAAGGCCUCAAAAGCAUUUGGACCAAAAUACAGUUAUUGUUGGACUGUUUCUCAUUAUCAGAAGCAUAAACAAAACGACAGUUUUUGUUUAUUCCCACAAAACUUUGACUUUGAAGGUGAAAAUGUAAAGGAAAUUUUUGAGAAGACACGUGAUUUUGUUACUAAGACAGAGUUGAAAGUCAAAUUUGUUGUAACAGUGCCAUUGAGUUUGUGGUCAACACAGACAGAAGAACUUUAUGCUUUUCUGAGAGAGGAUAGAAAUUUUUGUUUCAAAACUGAAUAUUGUUAAU